UAUCAUGACGUAAUGGCCGGAAGCUGUCGCUGUAAACGCAAGUAAACACGCUUGGAGGUGAGAGACCGCCUCUGAUGUAAGAAAAUGUCCAAAAACGCUAAAAUAGUGUUAAUAUUCGGAGGCUUCGUUACGGCGGUGGCCGCUGCGUUUUACCCCAUAUUUUUUUAUCCUCUAACACACAAAGACGAUUACAGAGAAGUCCAAAAGGUAAACCGGGCAGGAAUUAACCAGGCAGAUGUGCAGCCAGUUGGUCUGAAGGUGUGGUCUGAUCCAUUCAAACCAGCAGAUAAGUGAUGGCUGGUGUGAGCUGGGCCUUGGGACAUGUUAAUGAAGAACGUCUCUGAUGAGUGCUUAGUGUGCGUCUCAGUGAAUUUUAUUGCAUUUUUUCAUUGUAAAUAAAGUUUAAUGGUUCAAGAA